GUGCACGCUACAGGAAGCCGCGGCCUCCGGUGAUAAAUAGGAAAGCCUGGAGCACAGGAUGUGUUUCGGGAGAGCUCGGCGGGACAGCGGGAUGUGACUCCGCUGGUCAUUUGUCCACUUGUCCGGCGGCAUGGCCACGCUCCGGCUGCUCCUGCUGCUGCUGCUGGCCUGGCGCUGCGGAGGGGAGGACGCGGAGGUGCUGUGCGCCGACAGCGCCUGCUACACCCUGCACCGGGAUGAGAGCAACUGGAAAAGCGCCCAGGAGCGCUGCCAGGAUAACGGAGGCAACCUGGCUCCGGCGGGCAGCGCGGGCGAGGCCGAGCGGCUGCGGGAGCUGCUGGCCAGCGCCGGCUGGGCCGGCCCGGCCUGGCUCGGGCUCGCCCUGCCCCGGGGCCACUGCGUGCGGCCGCAGGAGCCGCUGCGAGGCUUCUCCUGGGUGGCCGGAGGGGAGCCGGGCAACUUCUCGCAGUGGGCAUCCGAGCCGGCCGUCACCUGCGUGAGCGCCCGCUGCGUGGCCCUGAGGCCGCCCGGCCCGCACGGCCCCGCCGGCUGGGCCGACCGGGCCUGCCGGAGCACGCUGCCGGCCUUCCUCUGCAAGUUCAGCUUCCAGGGAAUGUGCGGGCUCCUGCCGCUGGCCGGCCGAGGCACGGUCACCUACACCACGCCGUUCGGAGUGCGCAGCGCCCGCCUGGCCGCCGCUCCCUUCGGCACGCUGGCCGAGGUGCAGUGCGACAGCGGCCGGGCCGCGGCCUUCGCCGUCUGCAAGGGGCCGCUGGCCGGCGGCGGCUUCGCCUGGCACCCGCCGGGUCCGCUGUGCCCCGUGGACUGCGGGCACCACAACGGGGGCUGCCAGCAGCGCUGCCUGGACGUGCCCGGCGAGCCCCCGCGCUGCGGCUGCCACCCCGGCUACGUGCUGGCCGCCGACAUGGCCUCCUGCCUGGCCGAGGAUUCCUGCCAUCCCAAUCCCUGCCAGGGCUCCUGCCGCCCGCGGCCCGGCGGCUUCGAGUGCGGCUGCGAGCCCGGCUACGCCCUGGCGGCCGACGGGCGAGGGUGCUCGGAUGUGGAUGAGUGCGAGUCGGGGCCGUGCCAGCACCAGUGCCACAACGUUCCCGGCGGCUUCCAGUGCCUCUGCCGGCCCGGCUACCGCCCCGCGGGGCCCGCUGGCCACCAGUGCCACGACGUGGACGAGUGUGCCCAGCCCCACGCGUGCCCGCAGCUCUGCAUCAACAUUCCCGGCUCCUUCCGCUGCACCUGCCGGCCCGGCUUCCAGCGGCAGCCGGGAGGAGAUUCCUGCCUGGAUGUGGAUGAGUGCCUGCGGGAUCCGUGUCCCGGCGCCUGCCGCAACUUCCCCGGCGGCUACGAGUGCCUGUGCCCGCCUGGCUCCCUCCGGGACGCCGAUGGCCACGGCUGCAGCCCCGGAGAGGCCAUCCCAAACAGUGUCCCAGAGAGCUCCAGCAUCCCAGAGAGCUCCAGCAGCAUCCCACAGAGCUCCACUGUCAUCCCACAGAGCUCCGGCAGCAUCCCAAAGAGCUCCGGCAUCCCACAGAGCUCCGGCAGCAUCCCAAAGAGCUCCGGCGUCCCACAGAGCUCCGGCAUCCCACAGAGCUCCGGCAUCCCCCGCACCACGCGCAUCCCAUGGACCACGAGCAUCCCGCGUUCUCUGGGAAUGCCCACGGCGGGAUUGGGGGCCGGCUCGGACGAGCACAGCGCCGACGGGCCGCGGCUGCUGCUCUACUACAUCGUGGGCAGCCUGGUGGCCAUCCUGCUCCUGCUGGCCUUCGCCCUGGCGCUCGUGGCUUGCAGGAAAAGGGCGGCCAGGAGGGAGAAGCCUCCGGCCAAAAACGCGGCCGAUAAUUAUUGCUGGGUGCCCGAGCAGCCCGAGAGCCGCGGGGAGCGCAGGUAG